CAAAAUCACGUGAUUGGAAAACAAAAUGGCGCUAUCCUUUACAAGAGCUAUCUACAUUGUUGCCGCCAAGCGUACCCCAUUUGGUACAUUUGGUGGCAAGCUGAAAGGCCACACAGGGACAGAUCUCGCUGAGAUAGCUGCCAAGGCGGCAUUGAUUGCUGGCAAUGUCAAACCGGAGAUUGUCAAUACUGUCAUUAUGGGCAAUGUCAUUCAGUCAUCCACCGACGCUGCGUACAUAGCCCGCCACGUUGGCCUGCGAUGUGGUAUCCCAGUUGCUGUCCCCGCAUUGACUGUCAAUCGACUUUGUGGAUCAGGUUUUCAAUCAAUCAUCAACGGCGCUCAGGAACUUAUGUUAGGGGAGGCUGAAGUGGCCUUAUGCGGUGGGGCAGAAAAUAUGACUCAGGCUCCUUAUGCCCUGCGAGAUUCAAGGUUCGGAAUCAAACUUGGUACAGAUCCCAAACUUGAGGACACCCUCUGGGCGGGUCUCAUCGACCAACACACAAAACUUCCCAUGGGUAUCACAGCCGAAAAUCUCGCUGAGAAGUAUGAGUUGACGAGAGAAAUGUGCGAUGCUUAUGCCGUGAAGACGCAGACCCGAUGGGGAAACGCCAAUGAGAAAGGUUAUUUCAAGGAGGAGCUGGCACCAGUCACAUUAAAAUCUAAGAAAGGAGAUGUAUUAUUUGAAGUUGACGAACACCCACGACCACAAACGACCAUGGAAAGCCUUGCCAAACUUUCGCCAGUCUUUAAGAAGGGUGGAACUGUCAAUGCUGCCAAUGCAUCAGGUAUUUGUGAUGGAGGAUCAGCCGUCAUCAUCGCGACGGAAGAAGCAUGUCAAAAACAUGAUCUGAAACCCCUCGCCCGACUUGUAGGUUACGGCGUCGCCGGUUGUGAUCCUACAAUCAUGGGCAUCGGCCCGGCGCCCGCUAUCAGGAAGAUGCUAGCAGCUACUGGAGCAACUUUAGAGAAUAUGGAUCUUGUCGAGGUCAAUGAAGCUUUUGCCCCUCAAUACCUAGCUGUUGAAAAGGAGCUUGGACUCAACCCAGAGAUUACCAAUGUAAACGGCGGGGGCAUUGCUCUUGGUCACCCAUUAGGAGCCUCAGGGAAUAGGAUUACAGCACAUUUAGUCCAUGAACUCAGGCGGCGAGGUGGAAAGCGUGCAAUUGGUUCAGCUUGCAUCGGUGGAGGACAAGGCAUAUCAGUCAUGUUGGAAAAUGUUUAAAUCGGGACAACGUAGGGAAUCGUGAGACUGGUUGAUGAGGUGGUCCUACAGGAUCUGUUAAAAGACCUGAAGUGAAUUACUGUAGACUGGGAAAAUUACCAACCGUUCUAGUUUAACAAUGUUAGAGGCGUGAGACCUUAAAACAUGCAAAAUGGCAGCCCUUAUGAAUGCAAUGACCAAUUAGGAUUGGUAGCUAACGUGGAGUUCAAUCUACCGUGAAAUGGAAAUGAGCUAAUUUGCCAACUCUUUGAUUGAUUGGUCAAUUACGCACAGUAAUGCGCCCGACCAAUAUUGGUAGAUGAUAAUGAUGAUGAUGAGGAUGACGAUUGCAGAUGUGUUCUAAUGUUCUAAUUUAGUUCCAUUAUGAUCAACUUCAUUUGUUGAUUUUGCAAACUAUUUAUAAUUUGAAGUUUAACAGAUUAUCUUUAUCAAAAUAAACAAUGAUGUAGAUAUGAUAUGUA